ACAAGUUUAAGAACUUUGGACGCAUUCAUUUGGGAUUCCACUCGACUGGAAUUCGAAGCGGCACGGAACUGUGAGCUGCGUACACGAGGUGCACUNCAUUAUGAUGGUAAAAUGGAAGAAUUAUACGAAAAAUGGAUAACAUCGCCGUCAUCAAAAGAGUGCAUCCAAGGCCCACCGAAGUCUCCGGCUCGCUUAGGACUUACCAAUAUGAGAGAUGUUUUCAUCCUUGUUUCGGGUGGUAUAGGCGUUGGUAUUGUGCUGAGCAUGAUUGAAGUAUCGUACGGUGGGAGAAAAGCAGCGAAACGGUAUGAAAUUUUUUUUUAA